AAAAGAGGGCGCUACCAUUAGCUGACUGUGUGAUAUCGCGACAAUGCUGCGAGAUCUCGCCCUUGCAUUAUACUGCAGGAAACCCCACCUGUUCUUCCUUUCUCAACAUGGCACCGAAGGCGAAGAAGGAAGCUGUCCCUGCCAAAACAGAGGCCAAGUCAAAGGCUCUGAAGGCAAAAAAGGCUGUGCUUAAAGGCGUACACAGCCAGAGGAAGAAGAAAAUCAGGACUUCUCCCACCUUCCGUCGCCCUAAAACCCUCCGUCUCCGCAGACAGCCCAAGUACCCUCGCAAGAGUGCUCCUCGCAGGAACAAGCUGGAUCACUAUGCCAUCAUCAAGUUCCCCUUGACAACAGAGUCUGCAAUGAAAAAGAUUGAGGACAACAACACUCUUGUAUUCAUUGUGGACGUCAAGGCAAACAAACAUCAGAUCAAACACGCUGUUAAGAAGCUGUAUGACAUCGAUGUCGCCAAAGUCAACACACUCAUCAGGCCUGAUGGCGAGAAGAAGGCCUACGUUCGGCUUGCGCCAGAUUACGAUGCAUUGGAUGUUGCAAACAAGAUUGGCAUCAUCUAAACUGGCUGAAUAUAAGUGGAAGAAUAAAUAUUUGUAAAAACUAAA